CAGUACAUUAGGUAUACAAAAGCACACCUUUAUUUCACAUUUCGUAAUAGUCCGUGUUGUGUUCAUUAACUCCCGGUUUGUAACGGUUCAUACAAAACGGCACCGGAACUGUCACGGCAAAAUCGACGCUUCCCUAGAGUGACGGAAUUUCAUGGCACCACGUGUACCAUUGCGCAGGUCCACCGCGUAACGGACAAAAGCGGAGGGAUGGUACAGCUACCACACAUCAGCCUAGUGGAGGUGGAGAUUUGCUUGAACUUUUUCUUGUAAGAUAUCGAUCGAUCUCCCGAAUCUUUCCCCAACGGUUGUGUGACCGUCGUUGUGGACCGUCGUGAGCACUGAAAUUGGUAUUACCCUUGUGCAGGAGCUUUUGAACAUUAGGGCUGUGCUGGUGGUGUUUUAGAAGUGCUUGUUUUUUUUUAGAAUUGCUCUGGUGAUUUUGUGCGCUUGAAGAAUUCGGUCGCUUCGGAACUAGCCACAAUACAGCCUGAAGGACCCGAAGUAUGCUUGCUGGUUGUGUCUGCUGCAAACAGCUUUAACAUUCCCCAAUUCGGAAGGAACCAUUUCCUAGUGAAAAAGGUGUACGCGAAGCUGUAAGGUUUGCAGCGUCCUUCUUUGCGAAUACCUUUUUUAGGCCAGUAGGAAGUGCAGUAAAGCACAACUUGACCAUCCAGGUCGGACGGAUUCGGUGUCAGCUUUCAUUCAGCGUUAUGUCAUUGGUGUAAACGAACGUUUCGAUAGGGGUGAGAAAGUGUUCAUCCACAAAGCUGGGAACAGAAAUCGAUGCCCUUGGCGAGUGGAACGGACCGUGUGUAGGUGUGGGCUUUAAUCCGUGAAUAGGUGACUGGAGGCAUUCCCUCCCCUUACAAAACUCCGUUCAAAAGCACAAACAAAACCUCAACAGCAAAUUCGUUGUACGGCUGUGGGGUACUGUGGGACAUUAAAAUAAUUCCACUAUUCUGGUAGCACGCCAAAUUCAGUGGAAAGAAAUUAUUGAUCGCUUUCGUUGACGACGUGAGACAUCGCUAGUGUGUACACCAUGCAACCCUUCUCGAACGAUUACGGUGGAGGGUACGGUGGCAAUGGUUACGACCAGCAACCCCAGCAAGAAAUACCGAUGCAUCCGCAGGGUGCCGCACGGCCAAUGGUUGACCCAGAGGCCAUGGGUGAGGUAGACCCAACACUAUACCCUCAGGCGAAGGAAUCGACACACAAGAUUCGGGGCAAAUCGGACAUACUGGAGAUGUUGUUCGGUUCCGUCGAUCAGGAACUGUUACCGGUGAAGACGUUCUACUUUUUCUUCUACUCCGCCUUUGGGUCACUGUUUCCACUGAUGGGUGUGUACUUCAAGCAGAUGGGUAUGAAUCCGGGCCAGUGUGGAUUGCUGAUCGGUACGCGUCCGUUCGUUGAGUUCCUAUCGGCACCCUUCUGGGGAAGUUACGCUGAUCGGUGUAAAAAAGGUAAGAUGCUUCUGCUGGCUUCACUUGCGGCCUGGAUCAUCUUUACGCUACCACUCGGGUUUAUUCAACCACCGGCUACGAGCUGUAUCGAGCGUAAGAAUGCGACCGAUUUCGAGCUCCGGACACCUCAGGUACCGCGCAUUUUGAAACGCUCCAUCGACGAAAGUAUGCUGGAGGAGAUCAGCUUCGGUAAAUAUGCCACGGAUAGUGACAGUUCCUUCACCAGGGUGGAACGAGCAGCACGUCCUGUUGCAGCUGCCGGAGUGUCACCGCUCGAUGUAAGCUACGCCAACAACUUCAACGAAAAGCUGCAUCGCGAUUGGGUGUCGCCACUGUUCUCCUCGAUCGUUUAUCGUACAGCGGACAUACAAAAAGCCUUCUUCUUGCUGCUGCUACUGGUCAUUAUUGGUGAGUUCUUUAGUGCACCGGCCAUCACACUAGCAGAUUCCGCCGUCAUUACGAUCCUCGGUGAAGAUGCGGACCGAUACGGCCAUCAGCGAAUGUUCGGUUCGUUGGGUUGGGGAUUGGCCAUGUUCUUCGUUGGCAUUGCGUUGGAUCACUCGACAGCCUUCCCGGACCAUCCGUGCGGUCCGGAAAAGCAGGAAAAGAACUACACCAUCUGCUUUGCGACGUUCUCAGUCCUAAUGGGAGCGGCCCUGAUUUCUGCAACACAAAUCCAAUUCAAAUAUGACUACUCGGAACCCCAGGAACCCAUACAGGUGGAGAAGGUACCACAGGAACCGACACAUGAGGAACAAAUGCAGGCUCAGCUGGCUCAACAGUUGCAAUUACCGUCGCUGGCAGCAACUGGCACAGGAAUGGCCAGUGCAGCACCACCUCCAGCAGCGCUCGGAGCACAGGUAAUGGAACGAUCGGUACGAGAUCACAAACAGAGCCACCGCAAUUAUGUCUCCUCUUUACAGACUAAAAUGUUUGCCCAAACAACACGCGAAAUGCCCGAAUGGGUAACGGUGCUGAAGCAGUUCAAGAAUCUUAAGUGCGCCUCAUUCCUGUUCGUGGCGUGGUUUAUGGGUUUUGGCAUCGGGCUGAUCUUUACGUUCCUGUUUUGGCAUCUGCAAGACUACGGUGGUUCGCCUACACUGUUCGGUGUCGCUUCGGUCAUCAACCAUAUCUCGGAAAUCUUUGCCUACUUCUUCAGCUUCCGGCUGAUCACACAGAUUGGUCACGUGAAGGUACUGUGUCUUGGGCUGGUUGGUAACAUUCUUCGCUUCCUGUACAUCUCCUAUCUGAAGAACCCGUGGUGGGUGUUGCCGUUCGAGUUCAUGCAAGGUAUUACUCAUGCCGCCGUUUGGGCUGCUUGCUGUUCCUAUAUCGCGCACAACACCCCGCAACACUUGCGAUCAUCUGCACAAGGAGUACUUCAGGGACUUCACCAUGGAUUGGGUAGAGGCUGUGGUGCCGUCAUUGGCGGUAUGUUCGUUACCUACUUCGGCACAACGGCCACCUUCCGGGGUUAUGGCGUCAUCUGCAUUCUGGUACUUGCCGCCUUUGUGUUCAUCAACUUCUACCGCAAGGACGAAGGUUUCAUCUCGGAAAUUCCAACCACGGAGGAUCCCCAUCAGGUAGCAGAAGAGACAGCUCAUCUGGCACCGCACGGUGUCCCGAGCAAUCCUAUACCAAGGGCCCUCUCAAGCACGCGGCUGAACGAGAUCGGUCAGCAGAAUGUUGACAAUGGCUACGGCACCUAUCAGACGACCGGUGGUGCUUUGGAUGUGCCUGGUGGUGCUCCGAAGAACCCGUUCGGUGCACCGCAGGGUAACGUGUACGGUGGUAACCAGUACUAGAGCUAAUGCAGCUACGACUCUUUAAAACGUUCGUUCGUUGACUGAUAUCAGGUAGAUCGGUACACGCGUGUGUCGUCGGUGGUAAGAUUGAUGUCUACAAGAGCAAAACAAACUGAAUGUGAAUGUUACACAUAUGAACUACUUCUCCUAAGAUACUGAGCGACCAGAGUGUCCAGCAGCAGCCCCCCAAACCCCUUGUACAUGAGCUCAAGCAUAAGCGCCAUUCAGCCAUUCCGGCCCAAAACACGCCGCCACCGUCGAUGAUUGUUUCGAUUGCGACACGGGUAGGCGUUCGAUCGGCGUACAGAGACGCGCGGCACCAUAAGCCAUAUAAGCCUUGGUCAUGGUUGUUAGCUACUAGUUCUUAGUCAUCAGCAAACCCGAAGAAGAUCCCACACCCCAUAGCGAACACUCGUUUAAUGAACCCACCACCAUGAGAAACACCUAGAAGUAAUGCUAGAAGCUAUCGUUUCCUUUUCGCGAAUCACUAUCAACAUAUAUGUCCUGCAAACUAUUGUAUCUUCCCUCUUCCCUCUUAGUGUAAGUGUUUCCAUGGCCAAAAACAUUUGGCGUUAAGCAAUUGUCGGCGCACGGCUCACCAUGCGUCUUUCCGCUCGUUGUUGUAUUCGAACUUUGUUUUUUUUUGCGUAUUUGCGUAUUUCCUGUUCCUCUAGAGUGAAGCGGCAAAUUCGACGCCUGUUAUUAAGUAGCGCACUUGGCAGCGACAUUCAAGAUGCAUUAAUACUAUAUAACACUAUCUAUCUAUCUUUCACCGCACAUUCUAGCGGAUCUGAUGCACGGUGUGUCAGUUUACUCACGUGACCGUAAGCGUGCGGGACAUAUGUAACUAUCUAGACUAAAAUCGACGAUCGAAGAUCUGCUGAAGAAAUCUCAUGUAACCGAGUUAACGGCAGCAUUGAUAGGCAAUGGAAGAAAAAAACACCCCGCGUUUGAUCUCUAGGGAAACUUUACAUUUAAAAAAAACUGUUGAAAUGUCUAGUCUGUAGUCUAGUGUACUGAAGGAACGAAUCGGUUCUAGAUUAUGCGACAAAAUAGUAUGAUAGAUAUAUAAUAUAGACAUUAUUGGAUGUGGUUGUACAACUCUCCCUCACUCUCCCUGUUUGUCUGUCGGUGUGUUUCUGUAAGUGUGUGUGUGUGCACGUAACAGUGUUGGAUCCAUGUAACGUGUGUACGAAACGAGUGAAAUGAUCAGUCCCCGUGACGUAAAAGACAACAGUUUUUUGGUGAAAAGUAGUAUAUCAUACUCUAUUGAUUCGAACAACACUUGUGGAGAGGUAUCGAAUAUUUCUUCAUUUAAAAAGAAAACAACAACAACAAAAUAUUACAUACAUAAACACACACACACACACACACUAACUACAUACAUUAGGUAAAAGAAAACGAAUCCAGAAGAAUCGAAACAUUUGACGUAAAAACCAUACCAUGGCACAACGAAUUUUGAACUUAUUUGCAUACCCAUGCACACCGGUGAAGCUUGAUCCGAUUUUGGUUUUUGUUUUUUUUUUGGCAUCCAUCCUUUAGUUACUCGUGGCUUAGUUUAAGUUUCUCCGCCAACACUUCAAGCAAUGCCGUACCGGCGAGUGGUAUCGAACAAGAAACAAACAAAAAAGAAAAAGACAAACAAACAGAACAAUCUUACAUAUAGUAUAAAGUAUAACACGGUGGCAAUUUUUACGACGAACGUAAGCAACACACGCAAAAGCUUUAUUAUCUCUAGCGAGACAUCAGUGCGCAUAUCAGUUUCCAAAACCUUAUACGUGAAUGGUAUUUUUAUUGAGAGAAGUAUAUUUAAACCGGCAGCACAUUGAAUUGCCUACGGGAUGGCACGACAAAAGGGCAUGGGGGUUUUUUGGAUCGGAUGCAAACCGGCGUACCUGGGUGACACGAUUGCUGGGGUGUGCAUUCGAUCUUGCGCUAUCUUACAGAGAGUAUUUACUAUGCGUAUAGCAGCAAAAACAAAUAUAUAUAUAUAUAUACACAUACAAAUAUUAUAAUGAAAAUAUUGCACUUACGGUGAGAGCUGGCAGGCGAUGUCAGGAGGGAGAAAUUUAAAUUCAGAUACAUCUGUUUAGUGAUUCUGUUUACAGUGUUGUACAACACGUGCGAAUUGGUUCAGUUACUGUUUUAACACUGGGAUCGCAGUUAGACACGAACGUGCAAGUAUUUCAGCUACAAAAGUAUUAUAAACCACUCGUUAUUUAUUUGAUAAGAAUCGAUUCAUUAGUUGCAUUGCGAUCCUUAAUCCUUGAAUUUAUUGCCUAUUGUUUUACAAUCUAAUCGUAUCCUCAUAGAUGUUUUCGUAACCGACUGUAAAACGUACGAAAGCUGAGCAAAAGCCGGCAAAACAAAUAUUAAUAUCGAUCUACUAACUAACACUGAUAUUAAACAAUCAAACAGAGUAACAACUUUGCCAUUCCAACGCAUAACAUGCCCAUGAUCGAUGUACAGCACUAUGUCAAGAAGAACUGCAUGUAUAAGAACGACCCACAAAGCACACAUACACACAAGUAUUGUAAGAAAUGCACUGCUAAAGAAAUUAUGCUGUAAAGAUAUCUCUAACUGCGUAAGCAAACUCACCAUCAUGGGCAAAUAAAGACAAACGUUAAAAACGUA